UGCCUGUUUGCCCAUUCCCUGAGGAAGUUUUCCAUGAGGGACUGGUCAAUCGAACAGAAAUGGAUCUCCGUGUUGUUGCCUCUGCUUCUCCUCUAUAACGAUCCGUUGUUCCCGAUGACGUUCCUGGUAAACAGCUGGGUUCCUGGUAUCCUUGAUGGUGUGUUCCAGGCAUCCUUCCUGUGCGGACUACUCAUGUUUUGGCUGUGCAUAUACCAUGGUGUCAGACAGACUGACCGGAGAUUUGCCAAGUUUUACCUGCCGAAAUUUAUCAUCGUAGGACUGAUUUGGAUCACAGCGGUCACUCUAGCUUCCUGGCAGGGCUACAAUGAACUACAGGAUCCUACGUACUACUACCGUCUGGACACGACCAACUUCAUGGGUUUCAAGAUUUUCUUUUUCAUCGUUGGCGGCCUAUAUCUGUUAUACUUGCUAUACCUGCUGGUCCGAGCUUACGCUGAGCUGCGAUCCAUGCCUUAUUUUGAUAUCCGUCUGAAAUUUAUGACGUUGCUGAUGCUGAUAGUGCUGUCGAUAAGCGUGACGAUAACUGUGAUGCGGUUUGGGGCAGCAGCCCUCCAGGACAACUUCGUGGCGGAGCUCUCUACAAACUACGAAAACUCCAUUGAGUUCGUGUCGUUUUACGGUCUCCUGAAUUUCUACAUGUACACGAUGGCAUUUGUCUAUUCACCUUCCAAAAAUGCACAGUUUG